AUGGUUUACCUCUCAUCCCCAGCUUCAACAUCAUCCUCGAGAUUUCUAGAGGACACUUAUUCUUGUCUCCCAUCCAUCUCCUGUCCGGUUUUGCUCCUCCCAGAUUCGUAUUCAUCAUGCUCCGACACACGACAGCCUGCGUAUACGGAGACAUCUUCCGAACGACGAGCACGUCUAGAGUUCCUCCAGAAAGAGAAAAACAAGGAGGCUAGGCAAGAAGAUCGAUCUCGAUCCCGAGUGGCGAGUUGGGUACAGAGCCAAGUGGAGAACAGUGCGUUCAUGGUGUUGGCCACUGCUCAGCAACAGAAACGAAGAAGUAAACGCCGUCAGUCGGAACCGCGUAUUGCAGGCCAACGUUCGGGGUCUUCGCUUCGGUUCUCGUAUGUUCCAUCUGACGAUGGGGAGGAAGAGCAGGAUGACAUCCACAGGAUACCUCAUUCAAAGUGUAGACCCCUCUCCCAGUCCUCCCAGUUCUCAUAUACUUCAAGAACUCCUACGCACAAUUCACCCCCUUCUUCAAAACGCCGCCGACGGACUCACCGCCUCGCACCAUCGACUUCUAGUCUUGAUUCCAUCCCAGAGGAGUGA